AUGGCGGAGGCACAGACGCGCAAGCGGACAGAGUCGCUGUCGAAGAUGUACUCCAAGAAGCCCAUCAGCGAAGGUUACGCUCUGUGGGACCGCGAGUACCUCCUCGCCGCCAUGCGCGUCUUUACGUUUAAGGCGGAGGGAGCGCCGCCGUUUGUGCUGGCGCCCUAUCUCGACUCCGUGGCCGAGAUCACGCUUCAGAUGCACGACCUCGAAGACGCCGCGGAGCAGUUCGCGAUUGCCGCCGGGAAGUACCAGCUGAUUGACCAGAAGGUGCUGGCCGAUCUCAUGCGCUUCAAGGUGACGGAGGUGUCGAGCAGCGCCGAGAUUGCGCUAGAGCAGGUCCAGGCGUACCUCGCAGCGCAGGACCCGCAGGGCAACGGCGGCGGCGAUAACUCGACGACGCAGACCAAGUCUGCCUUCGCGCGCGUCUACGCAUACCUGGCAGACCUUUUACUUGGGUCAGUCGAUGAGGAGCAGCCCAGCGAGGCGGUGCUGGCCCAGGCACUCACGGCGGCGGAGCUUGCCGUUCAGCUUGGCUGGGACCGUGAUCACUGUGGCUGGCUCAUCGUCGGCGACGUACACGCCGCCAGUGGCAACUACGAGAAGGCAAAAGAGGCGUACGGCAACGCGCUCCAGCGGUGCCCGCACUACGCCAAGGCGUUGGAACGCCAAAUCGGCGUGGUGCAGCAGCUUGUCCGUGCCGCGGAGGAGUGCGGCGACGACGCCGGCAAGGCCACCCUCCACACGGAGCUCUUGACGCUGCUGAGCCGCAGCAUCGAGGUCCACCCGCUAGCGAACACGUUCCGCGAGAAAGCGUUCUUGCUGAGUGAGAUGCAUGGGGAUGAUGCGGCACUGGUCUUUGUCGCCGAAACCCUCGAGCACCCGCCCCAGGAGGAGAUCGAAGUGAUCGGCAGCUCGGCGAGGGAAAUGACGUCGACGCUCCUGAAGGCAAAGGCGGCCAUCCUAGCAGACGGCAACCAGCUGGACGCGGCGCUCGAGGCAGCGACCAAGGCGCUGGCGGUGGACCCGAACGACGAGGAGGCCAAGUCCAUCAUUCGAGACCUGCACGAGUCGAUGGCGGCGUAG